AUGGAUGCAUCUGAUAUUGUAAUAAGUGCAGAAAAUUUGUGUAAUUUAUUUGCUGAAGUUGUUGAGAUGGUUGGUUCAAAUAAUGUGGUGCAUUUAGUUACUGAUAAUGCUAGCAAUUAUAAAGUUGUUAGGUCUUUGUUAAGUAAAAGAUAUCCAAACAUUUGGUGGUCACCGUGUGCUACACACUGCAUCAAUUUGAUUUUGAAAGACAUUAGUGAAAUGAAUAAUGUAAAAGCUCUAGUGUCUCUUGCUUCAACAGUGACCAUUUUUAUCUACAAUCAUAAGUUCACUUUGAAUUGGUUAAGAAAGACUGCUGGGUGGAAAAAAAUUAUUCGUCCAGUUGAAACUCGAUUUGCAACUACCUUUAUUGCAUUAAAAGGUUUGCAUGAUCAUAAGGAUAGUUUGCAAUCUUUGGUUACUAGUGGGGAUUACAAAAAAUUUCUGAGAAUAGAAAAAGGAAAAGAUGUGAAGCAAAUUAUUUUGGAUGAAAGGUUUUGGAAUAACUGUUUGAUUAUGGUGAGAAUAAUGGGCCCUAUCAUUCGUUUAUUGCGUAUUUGUGACACUGAUGAAAGGCCUUCAUUGGGUUAUGUUUAUGAAGGCAUGUUUAGAGCAAUAAAUGGCAUGAAAAGGUUGUUUAGAAAUAAAGAAAGGUUGUACAAGCCUUAUAUUGACAUCAUCAAUGAUAGGUGGGAUAGAAUGUUGAGAAAAAGGCUACAUGCUACUGCUUAUUAUUUGAAUCCUGCUUUUCAAUAUGAGAGUGCCACAUUUUGUACACAUCCAGAGGUUAUAAAUGGCUUGCUUGAUUACAUUGAAACAAAAAUGGAUUGGUGUAACCCUAAAAAAUUAUUGCAAGAGGUUGGAAUGUAUCGAGAAACGCAAGGGAGUUUUGGGCGCAAACUUGCUAUUCUUACUAGCAAAUUUGAUCAGCCAGCUUCUUCUUCUGGGUGUGAAUGUAAUUGGAGCGUUUUUGAACGCAUUCACACUAAAAAAAGGAAUAGGUUGGAGCACCAAAGACUUAACGACCUUGUUUAUGUGCACUACAAUUUGCGUUUGCAACAUAGCUUUGAUCAUCGUAAGAGAUCUUAUGAUCCCAUUGAUUAUGAAUCUAUUGAUAAAACGGAAUUUUGGGUCAUAGAAGAAGAACAAGAUAGUGAGCUUAAUUGUGAUGAAUUGGAGGAAAAACUCGAAGAACUUCGUAAGGAUGAUUCUCAACUAGUUGAAGAUCAUGAAAGUGAAGUUGGGGAAGAUAAUGAUAUUGAUUUGGAAGCAUUUCAGCGUAGAUGCCUUUUGGAUGGUGAUGAAGAUAAUGAUUGGUAA